GAGAUGGAAGUGCCCACCGUCUCUGAAACUCUUAAACCUACUCCUAAUCUCAAUCAAGAAUCUUUGGACCCUAAGAUUGUCAUUGCCUUACUUGGAUCAACUCCUCCUGUCUCCUGGAGUUCUCUUCUUUCCCUAAAUAAUAGUUGCCAACAAGAAACUGAACAACAGACUGAAAAGAAGUUUGAAAAUCUCUUAAAAGAAAUUAGAGAUAUUCUUAAAUAUAUGACAGGUUAUGAAGACAAGAUCACAGAAGCAAAAGAACUUUUUGAGGAAACCAAUAUCUUUGAGGAUGUGUCAGAACUUAAAGAAGAAAUCAGAGGACUUGAUAAAAUAAAUAAAGUGCCAUCAGAAAACCUGCUUGGCUGUUUAUAUGUAGACAAAGAACACAGGGCAGAGAAACAGACGAUGACAUUGGAAAACCAGAACUCAAAGGACACAGUGCAAGGUUUUGCAAGGAAUUUGGUAAAUCAUUCAGGAAAAAGAAGAGCUUGCAAUGAAACUCAACUACAUAAGGAAAAAGCAGAGUAUGGAUUCCAUCACGUUCAAGAAGAAAAUAUCAAACUUAGGAACAACAUGGAUCAGUUACUACGGGAAGCAGAACGCUGGAGUGUGCAACAUACGGAGCUUUGUGGACUAAUAAAAUCAUAUCAGAAAUCUCAGAAAGACACAAGAGUAACUCUUGAAAAUCAUGGAGUCCAUUUCCAAACUCAACAGAAUACUGAGGUGUCAGCUAGUUAUGAGCGAGAGGCACAGGUGAGGAAACUGAACCAUGACAUGUAUUCAUUGCAUUUGAUUGCAGCUUUGCUGGAGAAUGAAUGCCAAAUCUUACAGAAGAGAAUAGAGCUUCUCCACCAUCUCCAUCAUCAGAAAGACGGAACUGUGCAAGAGAAGCCAAUUCAGAUAAACUAUGAACAGGACAAGAAAGAACAGAAGCUAUCAGAAGCAGAGAAGGUAGAAAGGUCUAAGCAGAAAACGCAAGAAAUGGAAGGUACGUUUCAGAAAAGAGACAAAUUCUACAGAAGCCUGGAUGCUUGUCAUAAUAAGAAAGUUCGUAAGAACAGUUUCAAUACUCGUAUUGCAAGAAGAGUUCUUGUGAGAAGAAAGAGGCCAGCUAGUACCUAA